GCCGGGGCUGGGGCUGCCGCAGCGCCCGCGCCGGUCCCGCUGCACCGAGCGCUCCGCUCCGCACCGCACCGCCCGCUCCCUCCGUCCGCACCGCUCCGCCCGCUCCGCACCGCCCGUUCCCCGCUCCCGCCGCCGCUCCGCCGGGAGCCCCUGGCUCACCAUGACCUUCAAGCAGGCCUCCAUGAUGGCCCCGGAGGCCACGGCCACCACGACCCCUGUGGCCUCGCUGGAGAACGCGACGGAGGCCGGGGGCGCCGGGGAGAGCCGGGAGGACAUGUUCACCAAGCUGAGGGACAAGUUCAUGAACGAGCUCAACAAGAUCCCCUUGCCGCCCUGGGCCCUGAUCGCCAUCGCGGUGGUCGCUGGGCUCCUGCUCCUCACCUGCUGCUUCUGCAUCUGCAAGAAGUGCUGCUGCAAGAAGAAGAAGAACAAGAAGGAGAAGGGGAAGGGCAUGAAGAACGCCAUGAACAUGAAGGACAUGAAGUCAGGCAACCAGGAUGAUGAUGAUGCAGAGACAGGUCUGACAGAGGGGGAAGGUGAGGAGGAGGAGAAGGAGCCUGAGAACCUGGGCAAGCUGCAGUUCUCCCUGGACUAUGAUUUCCAGGCCAACCAGCUGACAGUGGGCAUCCUCCAAGCUGCUGAGCUGCCAGCUUUGGACAUGGGUGGCACCUCAGACCCAUAUGUGAAGGUGUUCCUGCUCCCUGACAAGAAGAAAAAGUACGAGACCAAAGUGCAGAAGAAGACUCUGAACCCUGCCUUCAACGAGACCUUCACCUUCAAGGUUCCCUACCAGGAGCUGGGGGGCAAGACGCUGGUGAUGGCCAUCUACGACUUCGAUCGCUUCUCCAAGCACGACAUCAUCGGGGAGGUGAAGGUGCCCAUGAACACCGUGGACCUGGGCCAGCCCAUCGAGGAGUGGAGGGACCUGCAGAGCGGGGAGAAGGAGGAGCCAGAGAAGCUGGGAGACAUCUGCAUCUCCCUGCGGUACGUGCCCACGGCCGGCAAGCUCACUGUCUGCAUCCUGGAGGCCAAGAACCUGAAGAAGAUGGAUGUUGGGGGUCUCUCAGAUCCCUAUGUGAAGAUCCACCUGCUGCAGAACGGCAAGAGGUUGAAGAAGAAGAAGACCACAGUGAAGAAGAAGACCUUGAACCCCUACUUCAAUGAGUCCUUCAGCUUUGAGAUCCCCUUUGAGCAGAUCCAGAAAGUGCAAGUGGUCAUCACGGUGCUGGACUACGACAAGCUGGGGAAGAACGAAGCCAUCGGCAAGAUCUUCACCGGCUUCAACUCGACGGGCACGGAGCUGCGGCACUGGUCAGACAUGCUGGCCAACCCCCGGCGGCCCAUCGCCCAGUGGCACUCGCUGAAGCCGGAGGAGGAGGUGGACGCAGCCCUGGGCAAGGGCAAAUAGGAGCCGCCGGGGGCAGCGCGGCACGGCCGCGGACAGGCUCAGCGCCAGGGCUGCCGAUACCUCAGCUCCACCACCUCCGGUUUUGGUUCUUUUGUUCCGUUUUUCAGCUGAGCUCCCCUCCGACGGCUGUGGAAGGGUUCCCAGACAGUGCCAAGAGCUUCCAGGGGAAGAGGCUACAGACACGGAUGGUUCUUUUCGUUCUUCAGCAUCGCUCCCUCCUGCUGCAUGUCCCAGCGCCUCCCCUGCCUCCCCUCCCGGGUGCACAGCCGCCGGCGCGCCCGGGACCUCCCGCGGCACCAGCGCAGGGCACCGCUGCCACCCUCCUUCCUCUGGGCUCAUCUGGGGACCUGUUGAAUGUAGCAUGGAGGCGACAGCAGAGCCCGAGGGCUCGGGAUGACCAGACCCACUGUGCCUGCCUGGGGCACCGACAGCUGGGUGGCAACUCAAGCGGUGGAGAAGACCCUCUGCAGGAGAGCCGGCGCCUCCCCGUGCUGCUCGGCCUCCCUCUGGCCGAGACGGGCAAGAGCCAGGAGUUUGGGCUGAGGAUGGCCAAGUGCCCCUUGCCAGGUCCAGGCUUGGUUUCUUCUGGGGAGAGGUUUGCAGGGACUGCAGGCUUCCACUGCAGCUGGUGUGGCCCUGG